CAUCAGCCCAUUUACCAAACAUGCUACGAUCCAGAUUGCUACCAGCCCUACGGGCACUGCCAAUGCGACAUGCCAGAUCCUUUGGUUUCUCCAGCACUGCUACUCCUGCCAACAGUGCGCCGUCAAUGAACAUCCCAAUGCCGUAUAUCGAGGAGACAUCAGCAACUGGCAGAAAAACAUGGGACAUCUUUUCAAAGCUACUACAGCAACGAAUAAUAUGUCUAAACGGCGAAAUCGACGACUACAUGUCAGCCUCUAUAGUGGCACAGCUUCUAUGGCUAGAAUCAGACUCCCCGGAGAAGCCGAUUACGAUGUACAUUAAUUCACCGGGUGGCUCUGUCACGUCAGGCAUGGCGAUAUAUGAUACGAUGUCUUAUAUCAAGUCUCCCGUCGCAACUGUAUGUGUCGGAGGUGCGGCGUCUAUGGCAGCUAUCCUGCUUGCUGGAGGUGCGCCAGGCAAGCGCUGUGCUCUUCCGCACAGCUCCAUAAUGAUUCACCAGCCAUUGGGCGGCACUAGAGGGCAGGCGUCGGAUAUUUUGAUUUACGCAAACCAGAUCCAAAGGAUAAGAGAGCAGUCGAACCAAAUCAUGCAAUAUCAUCUGAACAAGGCGAAGGGAUUCGACAAGUAUAGCCUAGAAGAGAUUAACGAUCUUAUGGAGAGAGACAAAUAUCUAAGCGUGACAGAAGCAUUGGAGCUCGGAGUCAUUGACGAGAUAUUUUCAACGAGGAAAGAUCAGGAUCAGCCAAAGAAAGAGGAAGGAGAAGAGAAGAAAUACUAAUUACGCAAAGGUGAUAAUGUUUUACAUGAAAUUCCUUCUUAAUGAGGUGAGAGCAACAGUGAUUUUCGAGGAGAGCCUCUAGCAUAUCUGUAUCCCAAUUUUCAAUGAAUGCUGGUGUUAAUCGGAC